UUUGCGAUAGCUAAAUAUCAUGCGGUGGGUAAAUGAUUGACUCGAUCUAUACAGACCACUGGGUGUUGUCUUUUCUUCCAUGGAAAUUCAGAUAACUGUUUCCUGGACAGAGAAAGGAUACAGGUCUUUACUUGAGCAGUUGCGUACAUUUCAACAAACUAUUGCGGAUCUGAAGAGGAAUAAACAUGGGGAAAUCAGUCACAGUGCUUCACUGGCUUGUCCUCACGCUGGGACUAGUUGCGGCUCAAGCAGAGAAAGCAGAGCAAGCUCUGCCAAACUGGCUUACGGGAAUCAUUGCCGUUGGUGUGUUCCUCUUUCUGGUCUUCGUCGUCUUCCUUGUAAACAAAGCCUGGUGUGAAACUCCACGCAAACCAGAAGCAGUACCCAAUGAAUACGCCAUGACCAAUGGAUCAACCCGUGAAACCAGUCUUGACGCAGUCAGGAGCAGUGAAAACCCUAAAGCAUAUGAGAACGUGAUUGUUCACCAAACCGAAGAAAAAGUGACCGAGAUGUAAUCUCAAGGAAACGUCCACAACCAGCCGAGUCAGCACGCCAUGUUAACCUUAUUUGUGUUGUAAUAAGUAAUAAUUUUAACAGCUGACACAGCUUAUCUUGUACCAAAGGUUAGCAGUGUUUUUUUGUUUGUUUUUUAUUCGAUUAUACAUUAAUUGUAGUUCAUUUUAAAGGGCAUUUGUUGUUGUAACAAUCUCUGAACAUUUUAAUAUAAUAUCAGACAUUCAGUAUAUCACUUGU